CUGAGCGGCUGAAGAAGAAGUGGGAGGAGGAAGAGGAGGAGAGACUGAAGCAGAUCCCAGUGCACGUUGAACCGAAAAAGUGUCCUCCUCUGGGCCUGGAGUCUCACCGGGUUGAAGAUGACCAGCUGCUGGCUUCCUCUCAGUCUCACCAUGGCUUCACGGUUCAGAGAGGACGCCUCAACAUGCAGGGCUCCAACGAUGACAAUGACCUGAACGGCGGCGGUUGGUGCGCAGAUCCAGAGGACAAAACCCACUGGUUCGAGGUUGAUGCCCGCAGAGAGGUGGAGUUCACCGGGGUCAUCACUCAGGGAAGAAACUCGGAGAAAGAGUGAGUUGGGUGAUAAUUGCCUGCGGAUCCAUGACCUCGAGUGACUUCGUUAACAUUACACAGUUAUUGGAUCUAAUGUUGAUAUAGAGAUUCUGAUUACU